AUGCGCAAGGCCGAGCUCCAGGCGGAGCUAUGCCAAUGGGACGAGGACUGCCGCCACAUGACGGUGGAGAUGCUCCGUGCCAGACUGCGGCAGAUCCACAAGGCGAUGCCCCUCGAGGUGAGGCCAACGUCCAUGCACAAGAGAAAGGCGGAGUUGGUGAAGGACGCGGAGGAUGCCGGAUGCAUACUCACAGGCAGGGAGACAAAGGGGGACCUGCAGAUCCUGAUUGUCGAGAAGUGCAAGGAGCUAGGUGUCCAGGUCAGUCCCUCCGAGAUCAUUCCGUUCGGCAGGCACCGCGGCCAGACGUACAUCCACCUGUUCGAGAAGGAGCGCGAAUAUGCGGGCUGGUUGGUGAGCAUGCGGGACCCGAGGUUCACGAAGCUGACCGACUGGUUGAUCUCCAAGGGUGUGAAGGCCGAGGACAUGAUGAACAAGGAGAAGUUCGAGCUUCCCCAGCCGGAGGUGAAACACGAGAAGUCGGAGGGCCAAUGGUUCAUGGUCAAGGAUGUCAAGGACGAGAGCGCACAGAGGAUCCCGAACCGUCCGACGAUGAAGAGGUCGUGUCACGAGGAGCAGGUCAAGAUGGAGGUCGUCAAGACCAAGGAGGAUCAGAUCAUAGACCUGCUGGGGGACAUGAAGAACCAGAUGCACGCGCUGACCUCGAGAGUGCAGAAGGCGACCUGGCUGGCGGGGCACCUGGACAAGAGCGUUACGCCGGCGUGGUCGCUCCUGACGGACACUGCGAAGGUCAAGCUAAUGGAGGUUCUGCAGAGCCGUAAGAAGUCCAAGAGGUUGAUCAGGAACUGCCUAGCCCUAGUCAUGGAUCAGGUCGCAGAUCAAGGUCAUGUACAUUGGGAGUGGCCGAAGGACCUCUCACCUUACCGCUGGCCCGAGCUCCGUCAAGUUUUCCGAGACGCUGAGAUGCAGGCCACGGUUUGUGACGGCUGCAUGCUCGGGGUUAAGGCCAUAGACACGGGACUACCGAUGCAAAAGCCGUGGGAGAUUUGGUCGACGUCCAGUGUCCUCCGACAGCGACUGGCAGUGCGGUGUGAUGGGCGCCAUUCUCACUCUCCGUGUGUAGGCGGAGCCAGGACAGCGGCCACGGCAUAUUAUCCCGACGAGUUCGUCCGGAGGGCAGUCAGAGCAAUGCUGCACGAACCAGGAUACCUGGAGAUCAAACGACACAUCGAAGAGCAGGAGGGUGAGAACGACCUGGAGCUGGGCUACACGGUCUCGAAGUCUGAGGCAGAGAUCGACGCCGACACGCUCAGAAAGGUGGAAAUUUCAGCUCGACGUAUCCAUGCGGCGUGCGGUCACUGCCCGUUCGUCCAAGUGGCUAAGUCGUUGGCAGCCAAGGGCGCAGACAAGCGGAUCAUCGAUCAUGUCAGGCAGAUGCGUUGUUCAGCUUGUGACGAGAGUCAGAAGCACUGUCCGCCACGACCGGUGGGGUCAGCUGACGAAGUUCCGAAGAAGUGGGCAGUGCUUCAGAGCGAUCUGGCUGAAUGGGAGGAUCCAUGUACUCACGAGAAGUUCAAGAUUGCCCUCUACCUGGAUAUGGGAAGCCGACUUGGAGUAGGACACACAUUAUUCAAGAUGGUCAAGAGCAGGAACGCCACGGCAGAGGAUCUGAAGGACUCACUUUGGAGCAGGUGGAUCGGAUAUUUCGGUCGACCUCGUGUGCUCCAGGUAGACCCUGAAGGUGCGUGGAUGAGCAACGCUAUCCGGGAGAACCUGGAAGGCAGCGGUAUUCAGAUGGAUCCCAUCCCAGGCCAAGCUCAUUGGCAGAUCGGAGGGGUCGAGAGACUCAUCAGCCUCAUCAAGGACACCAUGACGGUGUUGGCGAAGGAGCAUCCUGGGAGAUCAUGCGAAGAAUACCUGGCCAGGGCUAUGGCCGCGUACAACGAGUUCGACCGACACCGGGGUUUCUCACCCCUGCAAGUAGCACUGGGACGGGCACCAGAUCUAGAUGGUGCGUUUGUCGACGUUCCGGGUGACCCGAUCAACCUUCCAGCCCUGGAAUCGGAGGCCGUAGACACAGAGUUCGGGAACAAUUUCCAGCUCAUGAGGAAGGCUCAGGAGGAGCUUUUGAGGUGGAUCUACGGCGAGCGAGCCAGACGUGCAGCACAUGCCAGGUCUCGACGACUUCGAGUCUACACGCCCGGCACCCUGGUCUACUACUUCAGGAAUCCGAAGAGUAGCUCUAUGACUGGACGUUUCUACGGACCCGCACGUGUGCUGGCGAGCGAGACUGUCCACCGGCACGGUGAAGCUCAAGCUCGACCGAGAGUGUGGCUCAACGCGUGCGGGAGGCUCAUCAGGUGUGAUCCGUGUCAGCUGCGAGACGCUUCGGAUCGGGAGAUUGCCGAGCACGACAUACUGCAUGGAACCGAACUGCCGUGGACAUUCAACCAACUCACGAGCAACCUGAGACCAGGCCAGUUCGAGGAUCUGGCGGAGGACGAGCGUCUCAUACCUUCCGAUCGUGACUACGAUGAGGCCUCAGGUCUACCGGCCUCCUCAUCGGCAGUCGGCGACUAUGGCAAGGACAAGUCAGCCAGGCAGUUGGCGAAGGACGAGAAGGAGCAGGGUGCACUGCUGGCUGAGAGUGAGCCCGAGUCUUGUUUCUGGGCCAAGGAAGAUAGCGCUGUCGAGCUCGAGAUUACUCUUCCGGAAGGAGCUAAGGCUUGUUCAGCGGUGCGAGACCUUGGAGCUUUCGUGGCCACUCAACUGCGGCGACAGAGAGCUGAGGUACGAGAACGAUCAUUGUCGGCCGACGACCUGGAGAAGUUCAAGAAAGCCAAGUCCAAGGAGGCCCAGGAGUGGAUCAAGGAGCUGGUUCUGGAGGCUUUGCCCGAUCAUGCACGGGUGCCAGCCGAUCGCCUCAUGCGGCUUCGGUGGGUCCUGACGUGGAAGAUAGAUCCAUCUGAACCUGGCGGACGAAAAGCAAAGGCUCGUCUGGUUAUCCUAGGCUAUCAGGACCCAGACCUGACCACCGAGGAAUCUUAUGCUCCAACAGCCACAAGGACAGCCCGGCAGGUUUUCCUUCAGAAGGCGGCACAUCUACGAAUGCGGGUGGCCAAGGGCGAUGUGAAGUCGGCGUUUCUCCAGGGUGAAGAGUUGGAUCGUGACCUAUUUGUUAGACCGACCGGAGACAUCGCGGAGUUUCUUGGCCUUCGACCCGGUCGUGACGGAGAUGAUGUGUGGGCUCAUGCCAAGAAGGCGAUCAUGGACGCUUUCCGAGGGACCGAGUGGGAGUACGGCAAGUUCACGCAGUGCGGGGUGGACAUCCACCAGCGCGAGGACUACAGCUUCAGGUUGGAUCAGAAGACCUACCUGGAACAGAUCGUGGAGAUCGAGUGGAAGGGUACGCAGACCGGGCCAGACAUCCUAGCAGAGCUGAGUCUGUUGCAGAGCAAGACAGAGUCGUGCACCGUAGAUGACCUCCUGAAGGUCAAUAAGUUGAUCAAGAGAGCCAAGGAGGGUAACAACAGAUUCUUGGAGGUGUUUUCGUUUCCCAAGAAGGAAUCUUUGGCGGUCAUAGGUUUCUGCUUUCGGAACUUUCGGGGUGGCGACCAGACCUUCGAGAUCCCUGGGCCCAAGUUCGACGAGUUCCUGGGUGUCUAG